AUGAGGUCAGCAGAGCUUCGAUGCAGAGUGGCGCUGGCAGAGUCAGAGGCCAGCGAGGCCAAGACUGCGAAGCUUCAGCAGGAGGUGCAGAACUUGCGGGCUCAGCUGCAGCAGCAGGCAGCUGAGGCACUUGCAGUAGCCGGCAAGAUGAGCCACACACAGCGAGAGUGCCUGGCUGAUUUUCGGGAGGCCCAAGAUGCUCGGUUCGCUUCACACUCGAAGAUGCCUGAGGGGACAAAGCAGCCUCGCGACUGGCAGAAGGUGGAGCAGCUGGAAGAGGCGGCGUGGACGGCGCGGCGUGCCGUGGCCCAGCGGGCUGCUGCAGUGGAGGCCCUGCGGAGUCGAGCUGCGGAGCUGAAGCUCAGGGCGGAGGGUUUCAGGGAGAUGAGGGCGGAGGAGUUGUCCCGGACGGAGCUGCCGAAGUCGAAGGUGGACUUGACCCGAGUCUUCCAGGAGGAGCAGCAGAUCUCCUGCGGCCUGCGGGCGGAGCUUUGUCGCUCCGAGACCACGUGGCGGCGCCUGCAGGCGGCGCUGCGAAGUUUGGGGCCGAGGCUUUGGGAGGAUCGGCGCUGGGGCCUGGAGGUGCCGGGCCUCAUCGCGGAGCUGGAGCAACUGCAUGCGGCGCAGGCGAGGGAGGCGAUGGAGUGCGAUGGAAGCGAUGCGAACUUGCUGCUCUACUCGCAGGCGAUCAGGCGAAGUCUCAUGCAGCUGGAGUUGCGGGAGGCCAAACAUGAGCGCGACGCGCGCGUCCUUUCGGAGCCGCUGGACUUCUCGCAGACGUCGCCGGAGCCCUUGCCAGAUCCGGAGCCGUUGCCGGAUGCGGCGGAGCCGGCGGAUGCGGCGGAGGUCUCGGAGCUGUUGCCCCUCUUGCGCGAGGUGCGUUUGCAGCGCGAGCGACUGGAGCAGAAGAGCGACUACACCACGAAGCUCGCGCGGCUGCUGGUCACCGCACGGCAAGCGCGCGGUCGACCAUGCAGACUGGAAGUGGAAGCUGCACCAAUCCCAGCACGGUUUGAGCCAGCACCGUACACCAUUUCAGAUGCAGAUGUGGAUCUUGCGAAGCAGAAGGCAGUCCAGCUCUGCCAAGGCAUCGAAGGGGUUGAAGGCAUUGACUGGAAAGAGGCAGAAGCGGCUGCGCUACUUGGGUGUGCAGAUGCACAGAGGGCAGCUGCUUGUGCAGAGGAGGAGCGCGCCAAAGAGGCUUUGUGCCAGUUGCCAGAAGUUGAAGAGCGGCUUUCAGAGGCACAGACUCGUUGCAAAGAGCUUGAAAGCGCAUUCAGCCAGGUCAGCUUUGGCCACGAGCUUCCAGAGGCAGCUGUUUGGGACUCCGAGUUCCAGCUGCACGAGCAGAUCUCGGAGCUGCGCGCGCAGGCGGCCAGGCAGCUCCUGGCGCGCGCUCGGAGCGCCGCGAAGGCGCCGGAGGGCGCGGACGCGGCGCUGGUGGCCGCGUGCUGCGGCCGCGCGGCCAUGGCCGAUGCGGAGCGAGAGCAGGUGGCCUUGAUGAGAGAUGAAUAUGUGCAAGAAGUCUCCAAGCUCCAGCGCCUCACUGCACACUUGCAGCAGCAGGCACAGAGCAUGCGGCAGCUCUCCGGGCUCAAGGAUGGCAUCUCGGACGAGCUGGCCGCGCUCGACGCAGCCAGCCUGGAAAUUGAGGCGAAGCUCGAAAGCAAAAAGCAGGAGUGCGCCAGAAACGCGGCUCUGAAAGACGAGUGCAAAAGGCGACAGGAAUUGCUGGACAGCCGGCUAGCAAAUACAAAUGCAGACCUUGAAAAGAUGAAGGCCGAGACGACAGCGCUGGAAGAGAAGGCCCAGGACUUCGUAUGCAGUGGAUUGCUGGCGGCAGCCGACAAUGUGUCCACUACAUCCAACCUCACCGUGGUGAACGGCUCCUCAGAGAUGUCCCAGGUUUCCGAGAUCGAGGCCGAUAUCGCGAACACGUCUAGAGCGGUGGAUUCGAGUCGGCAAGCUGUCAGUCCACAAGUUGCGGCAGAGACGGACAGCGAUUUGGUGGAGCUUCCGGACAACAGGACGCAAAACGUGACAGCACGCUGGAAGAGCGUUCUGCGAGGUGCAGAUCAACCAGCACAUCCAGUGUUUUGGCUUUUAUUCUGGGUAUGCUGCUGCUCAUUCUGCUGCUACAGUGCGGCCCACCGGGAGGAUGUUCGCAUCAUGGCGCAGCGACGUGAUCAGCGAUCCAAGAUUGCGGACAUAGCUGAGUCAGAGAUGGUGACACGCUCUGACCACACAGCUGUCGGUGUCGCCAACUCCUUCGAUGGGCUGCUUUCUGGGCGCUCAUCCUACAUCCCUCCUCAGCUGUGA